UGAAUAUUUAUUUAAAAUAUCGUAUGUUCUUAACCUCUUGAGAGCCACUGAAGUGGGCGCAUGUUGAUUUCUCUGAGAGCAUUCGUGCCUGCUGUAUUGUUAUGGGUUUGUCCUUGCUGUUGUUAAAAACAUUCAUAGUUUUGUCUUUCUCAUUCUUUCCCGCUAGAAACUUUAAUGGAGGAGGGAGCUAAGGAUUUGUUUACCAGUCGUGUUUAAUUCAUCUUAAUGGUUUUAUUUGAGCAUUGGGGAAGCGCAUAGAAUGUUUGUGAAUCAGAAGGAGGAGAUGCUGAGGACUUUCAGACAUUGUAAUGUGUUAAAGAAAGGAUGCGCUGUAGUUCACACACACACAUACACCGCUGUUAGAUCAGCACGCCUACAGUAUACUCUCGUGACUGAGUUUGCGGUAGACUUCACCCGCUGAGAGGAUGCGUGUUCAGGGAUGAGAAAAGCGUUUUCGCACGUCUCGGUUUCGAAUAAAAGGUGUGGUUUUCUUCGGAGGUGUGUAUCAUCUUGCUCAUGCUAUAAUACUGUCAUGGCCGCCUUUAAGGGUGUGUGGACUCAGGAAUUCUGGCGAGCCGUUUCGGGGGAGUUCCUCGCCAUGUUAAUAUUUGUGCUGCUCAGUCUGGGAUCCACCAUCAACUGGUCGGCAAAAGAAGAGAAGCCUUCGCCUCCUGAUCUUGUCCUCAUUUCUCUGUGCUUUGGCUUGUCCAUCGCAACCCUCGUCCAGUGUUUUGGCCACAUCAGUGGUGCCCAUAUCAACCCGGCUGUCACGGCAGCAAUGGUCGCCACACGGAAGCUGAGUCUGGCAAAGGCUGUGUUUUAUCUUUUGGCACAGUGCCUGGGGGCACUGGUGGGGGCAGCGAUCCUGUAUGGGGUGACCCCGGCAUCAGUGAGAGGAGGACUGGGAGUUACAUAUGUCAAUCCUGAAAUCUCCACUGGCCAUGCAAUUGUGAUUGAACUCAUAAUCACCUUUGAGCUAGUCUUCACCGUCUUUGCCACGUGUGACACCAAACGCAAUGAUCUCAAAGGUUCGGCGGCAUUGGCGAUCGGCCUGUCAGUGUGCAUUGGUCAUCUGUUCGCUAUCCCGUACACCGGAGCCAGUAUGAAUCCGGCUCGCUCUUUUGGGCCUGCGAUCAUCAUGGGAAAAUGGAACGAUCACUGGGUCUACUGGGUGGGCCCUCUAAUAGGGGGCGUACUAGCUGCCACUGUGUAUGAAUAUUUAUUUUGUCCUGACACUGACCUGAAGCGCCGCUAUGUUGACGUCCUCUCCAAGAGCCCCUUCCAAAUCGACCCGUAUCGGGUGGUGGACACUGAUGCUUUCCCCAACGAUCAAGCGCAGCUUAUGGUCAAGCAGGCCAAGAUCAGAGUGUUGGACAUGGAGAGGGAGAAGAAGGAGAGAGAAUCAACAGGAGAGGUGUUGUCAUCUGUAUGACUAGUAAGACGCACUGAGAAGGAGCCACAAAACUAUGGAGAGCUCAAGGAGACAGAUUUGAUCUAGUCACAGUGUGUGUUUGUAGAUUUUUCAAAUCUGAUACAAAAAUACACCUGACUAGGAAUGAGCUAAAAUGACCUUAUAGUCAGAUUUCACACAUAUUUUGUAAUGACUUGAUUGCCAGCCACAGGUUACAGCCAUAUUGUCAAUAGAAUCCGCUAUGAUGUUUUUCCCAAUUCUUCUGCAUUUCUUCAGCAAAUGCAUCUUAUAAUUCAGGAUUCUGACAUGGGUAACAGUUUUGUUUGGUCUACAUGUUAUUACCUGCAAUAUCAGGGCUCAUGAUUAGAUCAUCACCAUUGUAAAACACAGGCCUAUCAUUUUUCUUCUCAGUGCACUCUAUAUGAAUUAACCCCUUCACUCCCUUACCUCCCUUAUAUUGUACAUAGUACUUUUAGUUAUGAAGGUUAAUGUUUAGAAUGUUACUUUAGUAAUAUGUAGUAUUGCAACGUUUAUAUUUUUUAUUUUAUAUUUGAUGCUUCCAGAUUUUUGCAUAUCUUACUUUAUGUAUGAUGGACAUGUGCACAAAACAAAUUCUUGAAGAACACAACUAGUGUUAGAAGAACAACCAGAAGAACACACUAGUUUACUAGUGCAAUGUCUUAAAAAAAUAUAUUUUUUAUUAAUAGGUAAUUUUUUUUCAGUUUACAGUCAUGCUUCACAAAGUCAGUUUUUACAUGUUAACUUCGUGUUAGCCAAUUCUGUUGAUUACCUAAACGUGUUAUUAAAAAUAAUUGUCGCAUAGCCUAUAACUAAUAAUCGAAAUCAAGAAAUAUUUAUGUACAUUGCAUUGUGCCUACCUGUAUUUUUUUCUCAGAGCAUUUCUUCAUUCUUAUUAACAUUCUUAUUAAUAACA